AUGCUCAUCGCUUCCAACCAAACAGCUAACCUCUCAGACCUGGUGCUCGGCCCCGACCUCCCAGCUAGCCCUUUCAGUCUCGCCCAGAAGAUCGUCAUCGCAAUCAUAGCCAGCGUCCUCUCCGUACUCACUGUCGUCGGCAACUCCAUGGUCAUGAUCAGUUUCAAGAUCGACAAGCAGUUACAAACCAUCAGCAACUAUUUCCUAUUCUCUCUCGCGGUCGCAGACUUCGCGGUCGGCUUGAUAUCCAUGCCUCUCUUCACAAUGUUCACGAUAUAUGGAUACUGGCCGCUCGGGCCACACGUGUGCGACACCUGGCUGGCGUUGGACUAUCUAGCCUCAAAUGCAUCCGUACUUAAUCUUUUAAUCAUAAGUUUUGAUAGGUAUUUUAGUGUGACGCGGCCGCUCACAUACAGGGCUAAAAGGACUACACGCCGCGCGACGGUAAUGAUAGGUGGUGCGUGGGGCUUCAGUUUGGUGUUAUGGCCUCCUUGGAUCUAUGCGUGGCCGUACAUAGACGGGGAGAGGAAAGUGCCCCCGCACGAGUGCUAUAUUCAAUUCAUAGAGACAAAUCAGUUUAUUACGUUUGGGACGGCCAUUGCUGCAUUUUAUGUGCCAGUGACAGUUAUGUGUAUAUUAUAUUACAAGAUUUGGAGGGAAACAAAGAAAAGACAGAAGGAUCUUCCAAAUCUUCAAGGGGGAAAGAAGCACGAUUCAUCAAAAAGGUCAAAUUCGAGUGAUGAGACCCGAGAAGUGGACGGUCGUACAAGGUCCGAAUCUGGAGACGCUGAUUCAGUGUACCACGUCAGAGGUGCGCUACAUGACACGCGUUGGAGAGAGCAUCAGACUGCGUCGUCUCGUCGGCCCAAGCGUGGCUGGGCGGCCGUCACAGAAUGGUGCGUUGCGUGGUGGCACUCGGGCAGAGAAGAUCUGGAAGACACGGAACCAGAAGAAGAACCUUCCGACCCUGGAUACGCGACACCAGUUUCUGUUGAAACACCGCUUCAAAGUUCUGUUUCUAGAUGUACAUCGCUAAAUGUCAUUAGAGAUCCGUAUGCUGGGCGUGGUGGAUCUGGUGGUUCAAGUGUAGCGGAUGGGGGUACAUCGCCUCUUCGACGAAAUUUCGAGCCGCCUGCUCCUAUACCGGCUGCACGAGAUAGUCGCUCUCUUCCCCCAAAUACUAGAAUAAACGCUUCUACCUCACCAGCACCUAAAUCUGCGUCUGCUGAUUCUGUUUACACAAUUUUAAUCAGAUUACCUGAUGCAGACACAGACAGACCUAGUAUUAAAAUGAUUACUGAGGAAUCACCACCAACAAAUACGCGAACGCAGUAUCGACCGCCUGCAAGAGGAGAUUCUGAACUUAACUUACAUCCAGCAGGCCAUGCAGCCUUAACUAGAAGAACGUCACACAUACAAGAUGUUCGAAUACCUCUGAACGCCAAAAUAAUUCCUAGGCAAUUGGCAGGUAAAGGGAUAACUUCUAAACAACCGAAAAAAAAGAAAACUCAGGAGAAGAAACAAGAAACAAAGGCGGCGAAAACGCUUUCCGCUAUUCUUCUCUCAUUUAUCAUCACGUGGACGCCUUAUAAUAUCCUCGUGUUGCUAAAACCUCUCACUGCAUGCACCAAGUGUAUUCCGGAUGAACUUUGGUCCUUUUUCUAUGCUCUGUGUUAUAUAAACUCUACUAUAAAUCCCGUUUGCUAUGCUCUAUGCAAUGCAACUUUUAGAAGAACGUAUGUUAGAAUUUUGACUUGUAAGUGGCAUAACCGAAAUAGAGAAGCUAUGACUAGAGGAGUUUAUAAUUAG